AACUAGUUGGUCGACAAGUUCACCUUGUAAGUGAAGGAACGCUCAUGAUUGUCCUGUUGAAGAAUGCAUAAUAUGUUUUAUUGUUGUGAAACUAUCAUAUGUAGUAUUCUUGAGUAGUUUAAUGUAUUGUAUCGUUAAUGUAUGUUUGUAUAGAAUUAUAAACUCUGUAUUGUUAUGCUUCUAGGCCAUGUCUAAAGAUGAACUUUAUGGUACACUUAAUCCCAACACUCGAGAAUGGAGUGAUGGCUUAUUCACACAUUUCUUAAGAAAGAUCAUAGAUAAUGUUCGUGGUGAAUUGAGCAAACGUCAGUGGAUCAUAUUUGAUGGCGAUGUUGACCCUGAAUGGGUGGAAAAUCUAAACAGUGUUCUUGAUGACAAUAAACGUUUAACUCUACCUAACGGUGAGAGAUUGGGAAUUCCACGGAAUGUACGUAUAAUGUUUGAAGUGCAAGACUUGCGUUACGCUACAUUGGCAACUGUCAGUAGAUGUGGAAUGGUGUGGUUUAGUGAAGAUAUCGUAUCAACAGAAAUGAUUUUUGAUAAUUUCCUGAGUGAGUUGAAGGCCAAGCCAAUAGAGGAGAUCGAAGAGGACAUCACUUUGAGAAAACAGAGCAGAAAAACGGAAGAAAACGUGUUGUCUCCAGCUAUGCAGGUUCACUCGAUUGAGGGCGUCAUUCUCGAUGUUUAAACAAGCUGUUCGCAAUGUAAUUGCGUAUAAUCAACAACACUCUGAUUUCCCAAUGGAGCGUGAUCAGCUAGAAAAAUAUCUACCUCGCUAUCUAGUUUACAGUUUAUUGUGGUCAUUUUCUGGUGAUUCCAAAAUGAAAUAUCGAGAAGAACUUGGUAAAAUGGUGCAAAAGAUAACUACGAUACCGCUUCCGAACACAUCCGUCAUGCCUCUUAUUGAUUACGAAUCCCACAUAAAGACGAGGAGAGAAAAUAUUGAUAACAUGGCACGGACAAAAGAUGACUCAAGUCCCUUUGUACUGUUGAUGAACAAACUGUCGCAGACAUUUCCGUCGAAAACGAGGCAAGAAAACAACCAUUUUUUCAUACGAUAGCCCUUUUUCAUCGCAAGCAUUUCAAUUUUGUUUCGAAAUUAUUUAUAUCGACAAUAAGUAAUUGACUGUCUUAGAGAGGAACUGGUCCAGUUGUUAAAGGUAGCCAAGGUGACUUUCGGAGAUAAAGGUUUUAGAGGAAAGAAAAUAGAAGAAAUCGUUAAGCGAGUUAUGAAAAUCACUGUUUGAGUACAUAAGCAGAGUCCGUGGAUUUAUGUCACUGACAGAUUGGCCUAAAUUGAGAGACACUGAAAGAAGAAAUGUCCAAUUAGCAAAGAAUGCUGCUUUUCAGCUGAGUUCAUUAUUUAUUUACUGGCGGUUACAUGAAUGAUGUUUUUUUUUCGUUUUUGUUCACUUAAAGUCCAUACAAGCUUGGCAAUCAAUAAAUGACUUGUCGUGUUAGACGUUCUGUAAGGCUAAACUAUUGCUGUAUUGCAAACCAAAAAGGGAAAUUUAAAUCAUAAAAACUUUACUAGAAAAGAAAAGGAACUUCUACAAAACAGACGGACGUUCUUGAAAAUUUGUUCAUACAAUUGCGUAUGCAUCCAGGAAAAUUUCAUAUGUUCAUAGUUCGGAUUGUUUAUAGUUGUGUAGUUAUUGUUAUUUUGCUAUAAAUGAAUGUACAGUUUCA